ACGCACCAGCGACCGCAUCGUUAAAAGGUGAGGAGGACACCGAGUUCACUCAACGUUAUCGGCGCUGGCUCAUUGCACGCGUGCCACACAAACUUCCAACUUCCAUUCCAAAAAGAAAGACGUUGUCGGUCUGUGUGGGUUUUGUUUCGUUUUUUUCGGACAUGAAAAUGCCCGUGCUGUGACACUACAAUGGGAUCCCUCAUGGAGUCCGUCGGCACGUUUGAGUUCAGCAGGAAAGACCUGAUUGGUCACGGUGCCUUUGCAGUGGUUUUCAAAGGACGACACAAGGAGAAACAUGAGUGGGAAGUGGCUGUCAAGUGCAUCAACAAGAAACAUUUGGCCAAAGCCCAUUCUCCACUUGGAAAAGAAAUCCAAAUCCUAAAGGAACUCAAGCAUGGGAAUAUCGUGCGACUCCUCGACUAUCAGGAAAUGGGCGGGUGUGUGUAUCUUGUCAUGGAGUAUUGCAAUGGCGGUGACCUGGCUGAGUACCUUCAAUCCAAAGGGACAUUAAGCGAGGACACAAUCCGAGUUUUCUUCCAGCAGAUCGCUCAGGCCAUGAAGGUGCUACAGAGCAAAGGCAUCCUUCACAGGGACUUGAAACCACAGAACAUCUUGCUCUGCCACCCAAAGGGACGGAGGUCCAGUUCCAUCAACACCAGUGUCAAGAUAGCUGACUUUGGCUUUGCGCGUUAUCUUCAGACAAACACCAUGGCAGCAACGCUGUGUGGCUCUCCCAUGUACAUGGCUCCCGAGGUCAUCACGUCCCACAAAUAUGAUGCCAAAGCCGAUCUGUGGAGCAUAGGCACCAUUAUCUACCAGUGUCUGACUGGAAAGGCGCCAUUUCACGCGAACACACCACAGGAACUCCGCCUCUUCUAUGAAUGCAACAGAACCCUUGUACCAAGCAUCCCAAAGGAGACUUCAAGUGACCUCAGACAGCUACUGUUGGGACUUCUUCAGAGAAACCAUAAGGAUAGGAUCAGCUUUGAUGUGUUUUUCCGUCAUCCUUUCUUGGAAACGGGCUGGGCCUCUAGAAAGUGCUCUCCAGCUCCGACGCGCUUCUCCCCCAGUUCCGCCUCAGGCAGCUCCUCUAGCAGCUCCUCCGCAUCCCAUCCAGCCUCUCCUCAAUUGAAAGAAAUCGCCAAUCAAGACAGCAGGAAUAGUUCAUCUUUCACUGAAGACUAUGUCAUGGUCCAUCCCGAGUCUCCUGGUGACUACACGUCUGAGGAAGACCGUGGCUCACCCGUUGAAGGCUGCCUGAUAUACGCGAGAAGCCCGCUGAUGACAGAGAGAGUUCUUGAAGCAGUUGGCGGGACACCUCCCUCCUCUCCCAUGCUGCAGCGUCACGCCAAGCCUUCUGGGAAUCCUGCGCUGUGUGACCGCAGCCGUUCGGAGCCUAUUCCCGUCCCAACUCAGAUCCAGAACCUCCGGCGUAUGGAGCAGCAUCUGCAAGCUUCAGGCUCACAAGGCUCCACCAUGGUCCGCCUCUGUUAUCCUGGAUCUAGUGAAAGUUCUUCACCAUGCAGAGGAUGUGGAUCUCACGAUGCCUGCAUUGCCGCCUACUCCUCAAGUCCCACAAGAAAAGGAGCCCAGGCACUCCGGUCCUCCCCACGUGUGGGAACUACCCCGAGGACUUCGGAGCAGACUCUACCUCUUAGUACAAGAACUGGAUGGGCCGCAGAGUCUCCCGACGAGAGGGACAGCCCCAGCCACAAGCAGGACAAUUCACGCAGGACGAUGUUGUCAGACCUGCGUAGCCCUAGCCUUGCUCCCUGCUUCCCUACCAACCACAGCAGUAAACCCUCCGACAAAAGAGGGCAGUUUAAAAGAUCACAGAACUUUGGCAGACUGUCUGACAUUUUGCUUAAAGAUGCAUUCGGAGCUCAACUUCUUGAACGGAGGAGUAAUGAAAGCUUAUGCCGUGAAAGGACGGUGGACUUUGCAGCUCCACCUGCUGGCUUCCAUACAGGAUUUGUGGCAUCGGGUAGCCCACCGGCUGCAGUCUUCUCCUUGGGUUCUCCAGCUACUGGAAACACUCCUCCUGAUCCCAUGUUCCCAAGGAUGCUGACAGGCUCGCCCAGCCGCAUUAGCGCCGCCUGGUUGCGCAGCAGUCCCCUUCAUUGUCAAAGAAGCUGUAGAAGCAGCGAGACUGAAGCCAUGGAUGCCGCUCCACACUGCAGUUUGGUCUUUUGUCCACCUGAGCUACCAGAAGAUACGCUAAUGGAGCAGGUCCAUACCGAUGCUCUGAGUGACCUCCAGUUCACACUGGCUUUUGUGCACUGUAUCACGGAAUUGGCUUCUUCGAAGGACCCUGUGCUGGAUCCCAUCAGCAGCCCUGAGGUUUCCUUUUUAGAACACAGUCUGUUGACAGAUCAAAUAAGCCUCUUAAGUCGAGAAUGGAGCUACGCAGAACAGUUAUUGUUGUACUUGAAAGCGGUGGAGUCUCUGUCAACAGCUCUGCACAAGGCCAAAGAAAAUAUCCAGCAAGGGCGACUGCUUCCUUCAACUACGGUCAAACAAGUGCUUAAGAAGCUGAAUGAGUUGUACAAGAGCUGCGUUACUUGCUGUCGCUCCCUGAGUGAUCGGCUGAAGAGUUUUUUAAUGGACAAGCAGAAGCUUAUGGAUCGCUUCAAUGGCCUCACGGCAGAAAAGCUCAUCUAUUGCCACACUGUGCACAUGGUACAGUCUGCAGCUUUAGAUGAGAUGUUCCACUGUGGUACAGAAAUCGUUCAGCGCUACCAUAAAGCUCUUCUGCUUCUGGAGGGUCUGUCCCGGUUCGUCACAAAGGAAAAGGAUAUUGACAGUAUAAAAAGAUGCAAGCAGUGUAUUGAAGGACGCCUCUCUGCUCUGCAAACUUAGCAGUGUCCAAAGGGCCGUAGUACUGCCUUCACAGAAAAUGUGUUGUCAUUCCGCAUCCACCUCAUUGCAACGCAGAGAGAGGAUAGAUGCUCCUGUUGAUGUACACGAGCACUUGUAUCUUUCUCAAGGGAACGACCACUGGAGCGCCUGCUCCGAGCACACAGUCCAGCGUCUGAAAUCCCGACAUAUGCACAGAAGACUUGACCUCCUUUGGGUCGGUCUGAGCUUGAAGAGUGAGACUUUAUAAUCACUGUUUGAUGUUUUGCUUAGUAUUUGUUACAUACCUUUUGUUUUUGUGUGUUUUGCACAUGGAAUUGUCCAAUCAUGUUGUACUUGAAACAAAGUUUAUUUUUUGGUGUUUACUAAAAGGUUAAGUAACAAACAGGAGUCAAAUGAUGCUGAAUGAUAUGACCAACUAUUGUGAUUGUGUAGCUAUAAUAGUGCCUUCUUCAAGUCGGAUUCACGUGAUAUUUAGUUUUAAUUGAAUAUGUAAAUGACACACUGUUACUUUUAUUAUGACUCAAGUGAUGUUAUUUAUUAUAUUUAGGUUUACUGCAUGGCAGGUUUUUGUACUGUAUGUUUACACGGUUUUCUUUUACACAAAUUUGACCUUAAAGAUGUAUGUAUUGCGUGGAGAAGCACUUUGCUUAUAUGUAAAUGAACUGAUGUAUGAUUCUUGCUUAAAACGUGUGAAGAAUUAAAA